UGUACCACAAGUUGUAUUUGGUGUCCGAGAAGACAGACGCAUCACGUGUUUUUAUUAAUAUAAAAUUCCAACUAUGUAUUACUCGUCUGCCUUUGUGUUUUGUUUAGUAGCAGUGGUCAAUAUAUCAUUAGGUGGAGCACAAAAUUUUGGACACCAGAGGAACACGGAACGCGAAUCGCUGAUUAGGCCCCAAACGUAUUCCAAUCCAAAUACAGUUGUUAAUAUUGGAAAUGGAGUUAAUAGAAGAAAUAUCGUCACUUUAGACCAGGGGUCCAAUAAUGGCGGCAAUAAUCAACGUGGCCCUGCCCAGGCUGAAGCUGAACCACUAAGUAACAGAUUUAAUACUAACUACGAAGGCGCACAACGUCGGGUUGAAUGGUCAAGUCCAACAGUUAAUAACAUUGGAAACGGAGUUGAAAAUAGUAACACAGUAAUGUUAACAAGUAACAAAAAACCUAUUCCAAAUAUCAGGGUUAAUGGAGGACAAGCUUAUGAAUCACGGAGUGGAACUGACACAUUCAAUGUUGGUUAUGGGCCUAAAAACUCCAAUAAGAUCUAUAUUGAUGGAAGAGAAAUACUUCAUUCAGCAAAUGGCGGUACGCCUCUUCAAACCCAUACCUACGCCCAAAAUGCUAGGAAUAGUGGUGGCUUUAUACCGAACACCCAGAUUAAUCACAUCAUGGUUAAUGGGAAACGAGUAACACCAGACUAUGUGGACAAUAAUUAUAGUACAUAUAAAUUAAAUGGGCAAACAAUACACGUUCAGAAUGCAGCGUCCCUACAACCGGCAGCGGCCGACAGAGCAAGCGUGCAAAGAUUGUACAACAUCGACGCAACUUUGAAGCAAGUUCAAACGGAAUUGCGACAAGAAGCUGCGAAAUUGAACGUUAGAUUAUGAAGACAUAAUAUUUAAAUCCAACAAAAAUAUGUGUUUAUGAAAAAUAAACCUCUAACAAUAUUAUUUAUAGCUUUGAAUUGACAUGAUCGCCUUUUUACAUUAAAAUUGCUUAAAAAUGACAAUUACAGUGUUUAAUAAAUUA